AUGUCGUCGGCGUCGCAGCCCCUCAGGACAGGGCCACCUCAGCACCAACACCAAAACCAACGAGCUCCAGGCAGUUUUUCACCCAUGUCUCAGCCCCUAAUUUCGCGGCCAGCUCUACGACGGGUCGAGUCGAGCGACGGCGAAGACGACGACGACAACGACGAGAAGCUGGUGCCCGUCGUCAAGUCGCGGAAUGGCUCAGUAACACAGCAGCAUGCGUCGACGGCAGGUCUCUCUCAGCGCCCAUUCUACUCCUCCUCCCCUGCGACAUCGAGUACCACCAGUCUCCAGAACUUUUCGCGCCCAACCAUCAACACUGCUCUGGGUCUUCAGUCCUCUAGGAAUGCGUCGCCUUUGAGCGCUGUGUCGAAAUCUGCGACGUCCGAUUUCUACCGUGGUCACAGCAGGAAGCAUUCCCAGACCCAGGGCUCUUUCGAGCCUUACCUCCCCACAGCUGCCCAUUCGAAUAUUGGGAACAUGGCAAAUCACAACAACGGGCUCAGCGCGUCUCAGAUUGCUGCGCAGGCAGCUAUGCAACAGCAGGCACAUAACAGGCAAAGGUCCCAGACCGUCCCUACUCCCAUGCAAGAGGGAUUGAAUGUACCGCAAACUCGCAGACCUUCUAGAGCAGGACCUACCAGCCCGCCCACCUUGAGCUUGACGGAAGCUUCAGGACCUAGGGAACAGAGCUUUGGAGGUCAGAUAUACCAGAACGGUCUACUCGGGGGAUCCCAUGGGAAUGCUGCCCAGACUGCUGCCAACCUAGUGUUCCCCAAAUCUCCCGGCGCUCCUCCCAGUCUACCAGCCACUACGGACCAUGACCCAUAUGCGGUGCAUCGUGCGCAGCAGGAGAAGCCUCUGAAGACCGAGAAGUCCAAGGUAAAACUAUUUUCGAGGCCAGCGAAGAUAGGAAUAAGUAAGGAUAAGGAAGCCAAAGCCGGUGCCUUGCCCAGCCCAAAUCCCUCGUCGAGCGCUGCCAGUAUAUACAGUAUGGCCAACUCUUCCACAGCGACGAUACGAGCGGUCGAGUCCCAAGCACCGGAAAAAGAAAAAGAUAAGGAGAAACACAAGCACCAUUUCUUAUCCAGACAGAAGCACAAGUUGAGCAGUAAGGAUGACCAUAGCUUGAAUCUGUCUUCCUCGGCCAGCAAUUCGAGACCAGUUGAUCCUAGUGCCCCGAGUAGCAUUUACAAUUUCAAUAUUCCACCGAGUCCAGGACCUACAACCACCAGUUUCGCGAAGAGUAUGAGUGGGCUGGACUUGUGGCAUGGUGGUAGGGCGUUGAGAGAGAAGAAGAAGGAAGAGAAGUCCGAUGCAUUACGCGAAGGUGAGCUCUCUUACCAAAUUAGCAACGAGUGGCCAGGACCUUCGAGUUUAGGAUCCGUCGGGGCAGCGUCACUUGUUGGGUCCAUGGCUGGAAGUCAUGCCUACCCGUCAAGUGUUUAUGGCCUCGACCCAGAUUUAGGCAGCAAAUCUGGAUUGUUAAAUCUCGGCCCUGACGAUGCUUGGCCAUACCUAAAGGCCAAGCUACUGAUCAUAUUUGAGGGAGAGGAUUUAAGGUUACCUGUAGAGGAUUUCAACCGGCUUGUAACUAUCAAUCUUCAGCGCUGCAUACAGAAGCGAGCCCCAAAUAUGAUAGUUGAAGAUCUCCGAGAUCUACUCGCAACAGGAUUUGGUUCCCUAGACUUCACACUUCGGCGCACGCCCGACGACCGCCUCAUCUCGCAUUUAGUAGAAAUGUGGAUGUUCACAUUUACCUCCGUGCUUCCCUACAUGCAAGCGGUCUUCCUCCCCUUGGACCUCGAAUUCUCCGGCCAAGGCCCACUCAUGAACCCCGAACAAGCGCGCGACUUCUGGGGUGCCCUCUCCUCUCCUAACAUACCCGCCUCGCAAGGACUGGAAGUCCGCCGCAUAGUCUUAGCCGCCUACCGCGACACCGUUAUCCUUCCCCGCUUUGAUACCCUUAAAACAAUCUUCUCCCGCCUCUCCCUCGAAUCAAUCUCCUUCUCUAUCCCCACUACCGAUAACCUCUCCACGUCCCCUGAUUCCUCCGGGAGGCGACCGUCUACAGCUAUAUCACUUGACCCAGCCCACGCCUCCUACGGCUCUCAAACUACCACUUUACUAGGCGGUGGCUCCUCCGGUGACGGCAGCGGUAGUCGCAGUCGCGCGAUCUCAAAUGUAUCCUACGGCUCUGAAACUUCAGGGCUGGGAUUAACGAAUUUGCCUCCCCCGCCAGCGAGACCAUUCACGCCAUCUUCUACUCACCCUUCGCAUCCACUUAAUCGCGGACAGAGAGAUAAGACGGUGGAGGAUAGCAGUAAGCAGUUGACCGAGACGGUAGGCAGGAUGCUCCAGUGCAUGAGCGUGCUUAUGAGUGUGGGUGUGGGAGGGGGAGGUGAUGAGGAUAGUCAGCGGAAAAUGGAGGAGUUGACUCGGGGGCUUAAGUUGAAUUGGCUUGGAAGGGGCAGGAUGGGGAGAAAUCGGAGAGGAUUGGUAGGCGCGAAGGUGCCGGGAAUGGUGGGCAAGGAUAUCAGCGUGAUUUGA